AUGAAAUUAUUUGAUUAUUAUCAAUUAUUUAAUAAUCGUUUAUCUGAUCCUGGUUCAAUGCUUUUUUCUGCAGCAUAUUUAUGUCGUUUAUGUGCUCCAUUAGCAUUAAAUAUUCUUCAUAUGAUUAAAUUUGAUGGUAUUCAUUUCAAUGGAACACAAACUGCUUUUCAGUCAGUAAUGUCUUCAAUGGAAGAUAUUCCAUUCUUUGGUCAAAAUAGUUUCAAUGAUUUCUUCCCUGUUUGUAUUGUAAUUGUUUCUGCAUUUAGUUUGUUGAACCAUUUCAUUCCAAUUCCUUUAAUUUUCAAUUCAAUUUUGAAAUUCUUUGGUGUUAGAGAUCAUAAUAAACUAACUACUGCUCAAAAAAUAAAAAGAGGUAAAUACAUUUCUCAAAUAUUUUACACUCGAUAUGCUGAUUAUAUGUUUACUUUAAAUGCAAGUACUCAUUUAUUAAAACAAAAAGAUGAUUAA